AUGUCCGAUAUACAGAAAUAUGUGGAGAGCGUGUUAAUAGAGAAUGGACUAGGCGAUGAGGAUUUGAAUUUAAUUUCUGAAUAUAUUGUUGUUAUGAUUACCAACCAGAAGAGCCAAAAUCAAGUUACUUCAGAAAUGUGUGAUUUGAUCGGUGAUCGUUAUACUGCAAAGAUAACGCAUCAGAUAUUUGAUCACUUUGGUGGUGCUCAAGGUGUGGAAGAAGGAGCAGAUACAGGAGACGCACAGCAGCAGCAGCAGCAGCAGGAUUAUCAGCAACUCCAACAGUCACAGCCACAAGAGCAGAUACAACUGCAGCCACAGCAACCACAGAAAUCACCACAACACCCACAACACCCACCUCAACCAACAUCCUCAAAGCGCUCUGCUGCUGAUGCUUCACUCGACGAUAUCAUCUUUGGCAACAAGCAACAAAGCAAUUAUAGAGACAACCAGAGAGAUAACCAGAGAGACAAUAAACGCAGAAAUCAAAACCAUCGUCAUCCACGUUUAGAUCCAGAGACUUAUAAAUUAUCAAAAGAUCUCACAACAAAUUUCCUCGAAUCUAAUCCACAACUGAAGAAGCAGUACGAGUCUUACAAUUUCACCGAUAGGACUAACUUCGAGAGACAAUUACUCCAGCAGCACUUCAUGACAAUGCAGACUGCAAAGGUCAUGCAGCAGCAGUUUGAAAAGAUGCAACAAGAUGCAGAGGAGAAGGCUGCACAGAGAAUGACUGGUACUCCAACAAGAGGUGGUAUGAGAGGAAGAGGUGGCUCAAGAGGUGCAUCACGUGGUGGUGCCAGAGGUGGCUUUGCUAAUAAGAGUGCCACGUUCAGUAACCAAAACAAAGCAUCCCUGGACAAACCCCUGACCGACGAUGCACCAAAACACAAAGUUUGGGUGCGUGGUGUGACAGACCAACAGCAACCUGAUGAGCAGGCAACAGAAUUACCUAAAUCAAAAAAGUUUUCUAGCGACGGCAGUGAGAAAGUUAAACAAGAAUCAAACACUUGA